AUGGACACCGUCGACAGCACAUCUAGCUCCCUGAACUCCGUUCAAUCAGCUGUCCACGGGACCCCUGAGGAGGACCUCUCAUCGCUCCUGCCCAGCGACCCGUGCCCCGCCGCGCCCGGCCCACCCGCACCCGGCCUGCUGCGGCAAGCCAGCGACGCUCUCAGCGUCCGCAGCCUGCACGCCGGCGACGAUGCAGACGACUUCACUGAGCCCUUGACGGCUCUGUUUGAGGAGGAGGAAGAGGCGGAAGCUGAG